CCGCUUUUAUUCUGAAGGGUCAUAGCGGAUGUAGAAUGGUUAGCUUAGUUUGAAUUUAACAGCCCCCUUUCCUGCAUGAGCUUCUUCAGUGCUGAUCUAGCAGACUAACAGACAGAUGGAUGAAAAACCGACAGAAGAUGCUGGAGGGGCAACAGGAGCGAACAAGGACGGGGAAGAGCAGAUGGAGGUUACAGUGACUUCACCGUCGGGGAAUCUCAGCAUGAAGAACGAAGACACAAAAACAAAAACUGAUCCAGUUAACAAAGAAGACGUUCAGACAGAGACAUCAACAGCCCUGCUCUUGUUACCCGGUGAAGGUACAACUGAGGACACAGAUGAUGAAGAUUCAGAGGAUUCAGACAGUGACAGUUCAACAUCUUCCUCCUCCUCUUCUUCUUCAUCGUCUUCCUCAUCCUCCUCUACCUUUGCCCGCAUGCUGGAGGAGGAUGACGAUGAGGGAUUCAGCCAACCAGCACCCAUCAAGACCAGAGAUGAAGUUCUGUUGGAGGAGCUGCCUGCAGUGGAGGAGGUGAACGUUUCGUUACCAGAAGAUGCAGAACUGCAGCCCAUAGGAAACAUCUCCAGCAUUGUUCAGCAACUUGUAAUCAUCCAGUCCCUGAAGGACACGCCCCCUUUAAACGAAGACAGCAUCAUCUUCAGGUCUGAUAGGCUGGCAGUGGGAAAAGUGUUUGAUGUGUUUGGCCCGGUGUCCAGUCCGCUCUACAUCCUGCGUUUUAACUCUACCGAGCAGAUCAGCGGCAAAGGGCUGACAGAGGGCCUCACUCUGUACUACACGCCGCACAUCAAAGAGUACACAGCGUACAUCCUCACUCAGCAGCUCAAACUAUUAAAGGGAUCAGAUGCAUCAUGGAAGAAUGACCAGGAACCUCCUGCUGAGGCCUUAGACUAUAGUGACGAUGAGAAGGAGCAGGAAGCUAAACGGAAAGCCAGAAACUCCAAAAAGAGGAAAGACAACAACAGUUCAGAUAAUUCUGAACACAAAAUCUUACCACAGCAGCGUGACAGCAGGGGUUUCCCACCAAGACAUGCAGGGACUCCGUUUAGGCACCAGAACCCGCGACAUAAACACUCACCUUUUAAACACAACCAACCACCACCUGGACACACAAACAUCCCCCCUAUGUACCUCCCCCCUCCUUGCCCUUACCCUCCUCCCUCCUUUCCUCCCCCUAACUUCCCUCUCUACCCUCCUCCUCCCCCCUCUUUUUUCAACCCCUCGUUCUCGUCUCCUAUGUGGCCUCCUAACUCCGUCCCCUUCUCUAACCUCCCCCCACCUCCUCCCCCGCCCCCUCAGUGAUCACACCCUCUGUAAAUGUAGCUGUGGAUUAAUAAAUAGAAUAUUUACUUUAAAGAACUGUCGAGGCAGAGUGACCAGCCGGGACCAACAUUUUUCCACAUACACGUCUCCUAACGUUGUCGUUGGAGGAGGAGGAGGAGCCUCACUAACCUUUUUAUUCACUGGUAAUAUCCUCCUCUCCCCAGACACAUCCACACAUCUGAUGUUUUAUUUCUGCUGUAAAUGUAAAUAUCAGAAUCCCCUCCCUGUUGAUGCCCUUAAUGGGAAAUAAAAGUCUUUAUGUGAUAUGUA